GCACGUCGCACGCACUCCUCCCCUCCUCCCUGCAGCGCGGUCAGCUGUUGCCAUCGCACGUUCGCGUAAUACUCGCCGUGAACAAGCGGACCUGUCGGAAAUGCGCGAGGAUCCUAAACCUCUCCACGAGCACGCCGACCGUCAAAGCAGGGGAAGAAAAAGUGAAGCCGCCGCAGGAAAGAUACUAAAAGAUCAGAUUGCUGGUGAUUGCCAGUUCACCUCGUUGAAGGUUGUGUUGUGGCAGGACGUCCCCCGGCUGUAGGGCACGAGCUGCCAUGCCAUUUGGUUGUCUGACGCUCGGGGAGAAGAAGGAUUACAACAAUCCCUCGGAGGUGGCUGAUAAAUAUGACCUCGGACAGAUUGUUAAAUCAGAGGAGUUUUGCGAGAUUUUCCGGGCAAAGGACAGGAACACCUUGAAGAUGUACACCUGUAAAAAGUUCCACAAAAAGGAUGGAAGGAAAGUGAGGAAAGCUGCGAAGAAUGAGAUAAUGAUCUUAAAGAUGAUAAAACAUCACAACAUCCUCCAGCUGGUUGACGCUUUUGAAACUAAGAAAGAGUACUUUGUUUUUCUGGAGCUGGCGACGGGCAGAGAGGUGUUUGACUGGAUCUUGGAUCAAGGGUACUACUCGGAGAGGGACACCAGCAACGUCAUGCGGCAGGUGCUGGAAGCCGUAGCGUACCUGCACUCUCUGAAAAUUGUCCACAGAAAUCUUAAGCUGGAGAACCUGGUGUACUUUAAUCGUUUGAAGCACUCCAAAAUUGUUAUCAGUGACUUCCAGUUGGCAAAACUUGAAAACGGACUCAUUAAGGACCCGUGUGGCACCCCGGAAUAUCUCGCUCCUGAGGUGGUCGGGAGGCAGAGAUACGGACGGCCUGUGGACUGUUGGGCCGUAGGCGUCACCAUGUACAUUCUUUUGUCUGGAAACCCUCCUUUCUAUGAUGACGCCGAUGAAGAUGAUGAUCGUGAUAAGAACCUUUUCCUAAAGAUUUUGUCGGGAGACUACGAGUUUGAUUCGCCAUAUUGGGAUGACAUUUCGGAUUCUGCUAAAAACUUAGUGGCAUCGUUGAUGGAAGUGGACCAAGAUCAGCGAUUAACUGCACAGGAAGCGAUCGCCCAUGCAUGGAUUUCUGGAAACGCCGCCUCAGACAAGAACAUCAAGGAUGGCGUUUGUGCACAAAUAGAAAAGAACUUUGCCAAAGCCAAAUGGAAGAAAGCGGUCAGGGUGACCACCCUCAUGAAGAGACUUCGGGCCUCUGAGCCGGGGGAUUCCGGGGCCUCGGGUGUCGCUGCGGCCGACCCCAACGCACCGAGCGCCGGCGCUGCUCCCCCGGCUGGUGGCGGCGCUGCUGUCGGCGUCGCCGCCAGCAUGACGGCCGCUCUCGGUGAAAAGCCCUCUGGCACACAGACUACCGUCACCUCUGCGCUCUGCUUGCCCAGUGCGGCCGGGCAGGAAGAGCGGCCGCCGGCGCGGCGCAAUAGAGACGAUCCCCAGAUGUUGCCCCCUGGAAAGGGAGACUAGGCAUCAAAACAGAUACACGAAGAGGGACCCUCGCCAACCAACAAGCACAUGUGCAGUACAGCCACUAUAUUUGGCGUUGUGAUACCAUGUCUAUGCUGUUCGUCAACACCCCCCACACUUUGCUGAGUUAAUUCAUAGUACGAUGCGUUUCAUCAAUUCUGCCUUCUGUAGUGAUUGCUCUUUGAAUAAUGUUCUCCACUCUCCCUUGUUUAUGGCGUACGAGUCCUUUUAAAGCUGGUGGCAAAGUCGUUCUUCUGUUGUUUCCUUGAAAAUCUGUUAAAAAAAACAGUCAUAUUGUAAUUUGGUGAAUUCGCUGUAUAUACUGUAGGUGUGUUUGUUGGUUGCGACAAAUUGCUACUUUUCAGCGUUUGUGACUUAAAAUUAUGAGUUGAGAGAUUUAAUUAAUUGACCAUAUCAGUGUUUGAAAAUGUGUUAAUUAUUAAAACACUUUUCAUGUGUAUUUAAGUUUACCCUACAAAAAACGUUAUACAUAUUUAAUUAUAAAAAAUGUUAAUUAUGAAAAUUGAUUUCGUAACUUAUUAGUGGAUUCAACUUGACAAAUAAACAUUGACAAAUGAACCGGUUUUAUCUUCAGUGCAGUACAACUUCAGUCAACUUACAAUUUUAAGGCAACAAGAAAGUAUAUUUUAAGUUAAAGUGCCUUAAUAUUUGUUGCAGUAAUGUACUGUGCUGAAAUGUUUCAAAACUUUAAAACGUUUUAGCUGCACUUCUGUUUAAUUUCACGCUGCUGUAUUGAUACUUUUGACAAGACAAUUAAAACACAGAAAACUAAAAGUAGAGUGUUGUGUGUGGAGUAAUGUUUUGCUGUCCUGUUGUUGUGUUGUCCCUUGUAAUGAGAACAUUUCAGAGUUUAUAGCUGAGUCCGUAUACUGUAUCUGUACGUAUUUUUUGCAUCGUAAACUUUUGUGUUUUUUUUAUUUACGUGAAUAUUUAGCAACAUUUAGCUGAGCUAACUAGUUGCUACCACGCUUGUGAAUCAAUAAAAUGAGCAAUACUGAU